AUGUUAUAUUCAAUAUUUAUAGUUGUUGCAAUCAAGAUCUAUCGUUACAGCGAGGAAUCAGAGAAGAAACCAUACGUACAAACCUACAAUUUGAACCUCAAGGAAUGUGGUCCAAUGAUUUUGGAUGCUCUCAUUCACAUUAAGAACACUCAAGAUCCAACUUUGACUUUCCGUCGUUCAUGUCGUGAGGGUAUUUGUGGAAGUUGUGCAAUGAAUAUCUCUGGUUCAAAUACACUUGCAUGUAUUAAGAAGACAACCGAUGCUAUUGAUGGUGGUUCAAUUGCCAUCUAUCCACUCCCACAUAUGCACGUCGUAAGAGAUUUGGUACCAGAUCUUACUCACUUCUAUCAACAACACAAAUCCGUUAAGCCAUGGUUAGAGCCAUCCCCAGAUGCUCCAAGAUACAAUGGUAAAGAGGAAAACAGACAUAAAUUAGAUGGUCUCUAUGAGUGUAUCUUGUGUGCAUGUUGCUCGACAUCGUGUCCAUCCUACUGGUGGUCAGAGGGUGGUGACGGUGGAUACCUCGGACCAGCCGUUCUCUUGCAGGCAUUCCGUUGGAUUUCAGAUUCCCGUGACUCUAUUCAACGUGAGAGACUCGCCAAUAUUUCAUCGGACAAUCUCAAGAUCUAUAAAUGUCACACUAUUUUGAAUUGUACACGUGUUUGUCCAAAAGGACUCAACCCAGCUUUAGCCAUUGCAAAGAUGAAACUCAUGUUGGCUCAUUAA